GAGCCACCACGGAUGAACGCACGCGAGCGUCUAAGGCAACAGGAGCAGCAACGGGCUGAGCACAACCUCGAGGAGGAGGAAGAAUACGAACAACGGUCGCAGGCAUCGAACGUACAUGAGCGAGCUCGCGUCGAGAAGCCAAGGAUCGCGCUCUCGACGUUCACGGGAACCAACCCCGACUCUUGGCUGAACAGGACGGUGCAAUUCUUCGAUUUAAAUGAGAUGCCGCAACGUGACUGGGUUCGUUAUGCCGCGUACUAUUUAGAUGGUGAGGCCAACGUGUGGUGGCAGUGGCUUACGCGCGUGUAUCGCGGGCGGCAACAACAAAUCCGUUGGGAAGAUUUUGAACGAGAGCUCCUUACGCGUUUUGGGAACUCAGAUUAUCAUAACCACGACGAGGCGCUGACUCGGAUCCGGCAAACGGGGAGUUUACGUGACUACCAAAAGGAGUUCGAGAGGUUGGCGUGCCGGGUUCACGGGUGGCCAGAAAGCGCGUUUGUUGGCGCGUUCGUUGGAGGGCUUAGGUAUGAUCUCGCGGCCGAAGUGCGGUUGGAGAGGCCGGAGACCAUGCACAAGGCCAUGGAGGUUUCUAGGAGACGGGAGGAACACCUGGCCGCGACUCGAAGGGGACGGGCGGACUUUCGAGUCCCGGAGCCGCGACGUGUGCCAGCGACCGUGGGCGCACCUAGUGCGAACGCGAGGCCGCCGGGCGCCUUUAGGCCACCGGCAACCGAGGUGAAGAGGUUGACGGAGGACGAGAUGGCACGGAGACGGGAGAAGGGGCUGUGUUUCCGGUGCGAGGAAAAGUACACGCCGGGAUAUCGAUGCAAGCGGAACUACUUGAUCGAGUUUGUGGACUCGGACGAUGAGGAGCCGAUGAUCGAGGAAGAACGAGAAGUGGAGGUCGAGGUGCUCGAUGAUGAGGCCGAUAUCUCUGUACACGCCACGGCAGGCACCAAGGGGACGAGGACGAUGCGUUUGCCGGCGUGGGUGAAGGAUCAGCGAGUGACUGUGCUCGUGGACAAUGGGUCGUCGCACAACUUCAUUAAUGCGACGCUAUCUCACAAGCUUAAACUACCCACGUCCAUGGUCGAGCCAUUCGAGGUACGGGUGGCUAAUGGAGAGAGACUGCGGUGCUCAAAGGUGUACCGAGGCGUACCAAUCAGAUUUCAAGGAGUAACGGUAAAGGCGGACCUGUUUGCCUUACCAUUGGUGGGACCUGAUGUGGUGCUUGGUGUGCAAUGGCUCGAAGGGCUCGGAGACGUAACGACCAACUAUCGGAAGGGCGUGAUGAAGUUCGAGACCGAUGAUAGGUUGGUUACCUUGAAAGCGAGCGAAGGAUCGACCAAGGAG